AUGCCACCUUUUCUACCGAGAAAGAGGCUCUCUACGUCGCCACCGGCCUCCUCUCGGGAAACGCCUGCGAAGAAGGCAAGACUCGCAGACAUCUUGGACGCCGAGUCGAAAAGCACUCCAGCGCUGCAACUGACAAAGACAUUCUCUCUUGGAAGUGAUGACUCGGAGUCUUCCCUCAGCGACGUAGACAGCGAACAGUUCGAAAACGUCCCAUCUAACCUCAAGCAGCUGUCAGCCGUGACUCAUGACGAUGAUGAAAAAGAGGAGGACGAUGAUGAAGACAUAGAAUGGGAGGAUGCUGCGGGCUACGACCACGAACAGGAGCUACCGGCAUAUAAACCCCAGUCGGACGGCCCUAUUGAGAUAACCUUGCGCAAAACAUACCAUGAAACCGACGACUGGAUCGCGCAGGCCGCCAACAAGAGGAAGGGCCCGUCCAAGCGAGAGAAGCAGGUCAGGGUCUGCACUCAUCAGCUGCACGUGCAAUUCCUUCUCUGGCACAAUUCGGUCCGGAACAGCUGGAUCUCGGACAAGGAGGUUCAGCAGAUCCUCGUCCGACAAUUACCCCCUCCCAUCAGAAAGGAGGUCGAAAAGUGGAAGAGAGCAAGUGGAUUACCAUCUGCGGAUGCAGAGCCCUCAGGGGAAGCUGCAACGGCCAAGGGCAAGAAUAAGAGACAUGGCAAACAGAAGGCUAUCAACUCACGCGAUGAAAGAGAUUGGGGAAGACCUAGCAAACGCCUUGAGCAGGGCAAACCCGACAUGAGCAACGGCGACCCGUUGAUCUCUCUUAUGAAAGUCCUGGCUGCAUAUUGGAAGAAGAAAUUCGCCAUUACUGCUCCGGGUCUGCGGAAGCGUGGCUAUGGCACCAGGCUGGGAUUGAAGCAGAUCAUCCGAUCUCAGCGCGAUGACGAACACAAUCCGGAGGAGCAUGGAGAGCGCAUCAGAGACAUCCAGGAGUUUCGCGAGCUUGCGAGGAAGUCUGAGGGUUCGAGGGAUGUGGGUGCUCAAUUGUUCACCGCGCUGCUGAGAGGUCUAGGCAUCGAGGCCAGGUUGGUCGCGAGCCUCCAGCCCAGUGGAUAUGGCUGGACCAAGGCAGAACAGGCGUUGCCCCGGAAGGCCAAUGAAGCGGUCGAUCUCGAUAUGUCUUUUGACGAUUCGGGCUCGGAGAACGCCAAGUCAAUAUCAGAGAUCACCAAAACCCCAGCACGACGGCGCAGCGGCCCGCCCAAAACGUCGGGAAAUGGUUCCGAGUCAGAGAACGAUGAGGACUCAGUUGUGGAGAUUACCCCUUCGAUGCCCAGGAAACGACCUCAAAAAUACGACAGGGAGAACCCCUUCCCCAUCUACUGGACUGAGGCCGUGUCGCCAGUAACGAACAAGAUCCUCCCUGUCUCUCCACUCGUCCUUGCGUCUCCCGUCGCCACCACCCCUGAAAUCCUCGCGACCUUCGAACCACGCGGCAUCAAAGCUGAGAAGACAAAGACCGUGAUGGCCUACGUUAUUGCGUACUCCUCCGAUGGCACAGCCAAGGAUGUGACCGUACGAUACCUGAGGAAAAGAAUUUGGCCCGGCAAGACAAAGGGGUUUCGAUUUCCGGUGGAGAAGAUCCCCGUAUACAACAAACAUGGCAAGGUCAAGAGGUACGAGGACUACGACUGGUUCAAGCGCGUAAUGAGCGGCUAUACUCGGCCUGACUUGAUGAGAACAACGGUCGACGAUGUGGAAGAUGCCACGGACCUUGUUCCUCAGCUUCCAGAGAAGAAGGAGAACGGUGGCCAAGAAGUCGAUACCUUGCAAUCUCUCAAGUCGUCCGCCGAUUAUGUGCUCGAACGGUUCCUCCGCCGCGAAGAGGCGCUUCGACCCCACGCCGAACCCGUCCGUACCUUUAUUUCAGGGAAAGGUGAGAACCAAAAGGAGGAGCCCGUAUACCGCCGAUCCGACGUUGAACGUUGCUUGACAGCAGAGUCGUGGCAUAAGGAAGGGCGACGCCCCAGAGCCGGAGAAGCUCCACUCAAACUUGUCCCCGUGCGCGCGGUUACAUUGACUCGUAAACGAGAAGCAGAAGAACACGAACGCCAAACAGGAGAGAAACAGAUGCAGGGCCUUUACAGUUGGGACCAGACCGAAUACAUCAUUCCUCCGCCCAUAGAGAACGGGGUGAUUCCGAAGAACGCGUAUGGCAACAUUGACUGCUUUGUUCCUUCGAUGGUGCCCAAAGGUGCCGUUCAUAUUCCUCUGAGGGGCACUGUACGGAUCUGUAAAAAGCUGCAGAUCGACUUUGCUGAGGCAGUCACGGGCUUUGAGUUCGGCAACAAGCGCGCGGUGCCCAUCUGUACCGGCGUGGUUGUCGCGACAGAAAAUGAGCGGGCUGUGAAAGAGGCAUGGCACAAAUUCAACGAGGAGCAGAGAAAGAAGGAGGAAAAGAAGAUGGAGUCCAUGGUGUUGGAGCGGUGGAGAAAGUUCGUUAUUGGGCUGCGGAUUAGAGAAAGAGUGAGGGACACAUACGGCGAUCAGAACGCGGCAGAUGAACUGACGGUCGGGAGGAGCAAAGAACAACCGAUCAUGUUGGAAAGUGACGAUGGAGCACCUUCGACGCGGAGAGGUAUACCUCAAACUCUGACCGCUGAGGACGAAUUCGGCGGGGAAGGCGGCUUCUUCCUGGAAUCAGACGAAGAGCACCUGGCUGGUAGUGAUCUAGAAGUGGUCCAUCAUCACGAUCAACGGAAGUCGCCUGUCCCGAACCAGUCCGUUGCGAAGGGAAAGGAACGAGCCGUCCCGGACUAUCAGUAUCCAACACCAGCUUCUGUCUCGCCGUUGAAGCCACCACUUCGACGGCGGCGACCAGGACAAUCUAUUCUCGAAGAUGUCGACGGCAGUGAGCAGGAUAGUUCUGGCGUGUCGGCACCUCCCAGCGAGGAUGAAAUCGACGUGGACGGUGGUGGAGGAUUCGAUCAUCCAUCCGACCUUGGAAGCAGCCCAGACGGUGUUGACCAUGCUGACGAUGCUGAUGACGAUGAGGAUGAAAACUCGGAUGAUACGGCGUCGGACGACUACGUGCCCGCAAAACGCAGUGCGUCGGCGCGCAAGCCUCGGAUUCAGCGCAGCUCGAACACCACGUCACAGCCGUCCUCACGGAGACGGACGAGAACCAGCACCGGGGUUGCCGUGAGGCCUUUCUCUAGUCCAGCCCCGGGCGGCGUGGAUGACAGCAAAGAUGGGACUGGCAAUGACAAUGACAUGACAACGCGCCUGUCGAAGGCAAAGACCAAGUCAACCACCGAGGUCACCUCCAACGCGAAGCGGUCGAGAGCUCAGCCGGACGGCACUCCAGCCACAGCCAGACGACGGUUGAGACGGGACAGCACGAAAGUGACGAGUCCAUACUUCCCGAGCUAG